AUGCAGAUCACCGACAUCUUUGGUCCGACGUAUCCGCAUUGCGACGUUUGGGUGGUGCUCUUCUACGGGGUGCUCUGCGUCUUGGGCCUCGCGGUGGCCUUCUUCGGCUACCGCAUAUACAGCCGGGCCUUCGGCGUCUUCCUCUGCCUCUUGGCCUUUGCAGUGGAGGCCACCAUCGGAGCUCCCUGGAUUCAUGGCGCGAGCCAGCAGUGGGGGAAGAAGGUGGUCGUCACUGCUUGCUGCAUUGUGUGGGCCAUCCUGGCGCGUGCAUGGGCGUACAAGCUCAAGUACUUCAUAGAGGAACUCCUGGAUAUUUUCCUGGGCGCCUUGCUGGGGUUCCUAGUGGUGGCCCUGGUCAUCGACCUGUUGAAUCAGCCCAUUGGAGAGCUGGUGGGCCAAGAAUACGCGGGCUGGGAGGACUUUGCGACCCUGACAAUCGGCAUACCGGUGGCUUUGACGGUGGCGUUUCACAGCCGUGGCUGGAGUAAGCUGCUCUUUGUGCUUGCCUUUGGUAUCAUGGGCAGCCUGCUUUUCGUCCACUCAACCGCGGUGCUCUACUCGUGUGAUCACGCGCACAACCCUUUCGCAGGUUCGUUAGUGGUGGUGGCGGUGGCUGCUGUUGGGGCACUGGUUCAGUGGUACUGGAACUAG